CCGUCAGAUGCGCAGGCGCACUUGCAGGCUUGUUUUGCCAGCUUUACGCUACCCGGAAUGGGGAAAAAGCAGGUGUCGCGAGAGUUGGGCGCACGACACCUUGGGCGCACGACACCUUGUAGGGGCUGUAAGUAUGGCGGGCCUACAUGUCGAGAGUGAACAGGAGCCGCUCUUGGGCGACACACCUGGAAACAGAGAAUGGGACAUUUUAGAGACUGAAGAGCAUUAUAAGAGCCGAUGGAGAUCUAUUAGGAUUUUAUAUCUUACUAUGUUUCUCAGCAGUGUAGGGUUUUCUAUAGUGAUAAUGUCCAUAUGGCCAUAUCUCCAAAAGAUUGAUCAGACAGCUGAUGCAAGUUUUUUGGGCUGGGUUAUUGCUUCAUAUAGUCUUGGCCAAAUGGUAGCGUCACCUAUGUUUGGUUUCUGGUCUAAUUAUAGACCAAGAAAAGAGCCUCUUAUUGUCUCCAUCUUCAUUUCCGUGGCAGCCAACUGCCUCUAUGCAUAUGUCCACAUCCCAGCCUCUCAUAAUAAAUACUACAUGCUGAUUGCUCGUGGAUUGGUGGGAUUUGGAGCAGGAAAUGCAGCAGUUAUUCGAUCAUAUACUGCUGGUGCUACUUCCCUUCAGGAAAGAACAAAUUCCAUGGCAAAUAUAAGCACAUGUCAAGCAUUAGGUUUUAUUCUAGGUCCAGUUUUUCAGACUUGUUUUGCAUUCAUUGGAGAAAAGGGUGUGACAUGGGAUGUGAUUAAACUGCAGAUAAACAUGUAUACAACACCAGCUUUACUUGGAGCCUUCCUGGGAAUUCUAAAUAUUAUUCUGAUCUUUGCUAUACUAAGAGAACAUCGUGUGGAUGACUCAGGAAGACAGUGUAAAAAUAUUAAUUUUGAUGAAGCAAGUACAGAUGAAGUUCAGGCUCCCCAAGGAAAUAUUGACCAAGUUGCUGUUGUGGCCAUCAAUGUUCUGUUUUUUGUGGUUCUAUUUAUCUUUGCCCUUUUUGAAACCAUCAUUACUCCAUUAACAAUGGAUAUGUAUGCCUGGACUCAAGAACAAGCUGUCUUAUAUGAUGGCAUAAUACUUGCUGCUCUUGGAGUUGAGGCAGUUGUUAUUCUCUUAGGAGUUAAAUUACUUUCCAGAAAGAUUGGCGAGCGUGCUAUUCUACUGGGAGGACUCAUCGUUGUAUGGGUUGGCUUCUUUAUCUUGUUACCUUGGGGAAAUCAGUUUCCCAAAAUACAGUGGGAAGAUUUGCAUAAUAAUUCAAUCCCUAAUACCACAUUUGGGGAAAUUAUUAUUGGUCUUUGGAAGUCUUCAAUGGAAGAUCACAAUGAAAGACCAACUGGUUGCUCGAUUGAACAAGCCUGGUGCCUCUACACCCCAGUGAUCCAUCUGGCCCAGUUCCUCACAUCAGUUGUGCUAAUUGGAAUAGGCUACCCAGUCUGCAAUCUUAUGUCCUAUACAUUAUAUUCAAAAAUUUUAGGACCAAAACCUCAGGGUGUGUACAUGGGCUGGUUAACAGCAUCUGGAAGUGGAGCCAGGAUUCUUGGCCCUGUGUUCAUCAGCCAAGUGUACGCUCACUGGGGACCACGAUGGGCAUUCUGCCUGGUAUGUGGAAUAGUGAUGCUCACCAUCACACUCCUGGGAGUGGUUUACAAAAGACUCAUUGCUUUUUCUGUAAGGUAUGGGAGGGUUCAGGAGUAAACUAGCCGAGACUGUGAUGGAAAGUACUUGUUGUAUGGCACUUCCUGGUCUAAAGCUCUGCUAGGCAGUUGUGAUGAGCCAGUCUCCAAGAACAAGAACAUAUGUUGACUAAUAGAAUUCUACAUGUAAUUAUGAAUAGUAGGUUAUAUAAAAACAUAUUGGAUCAUAAUUUCCUUAUCUCAGAAAUGAAACAUUCGUCUUAUAAUACUUUUUUGAGGUUGCAUGAACUAAUGAGUGGAUAGACAAUGAUAUAUAAAUGUGAAGUUGUAUUCUUAAUACAAACUGCAGAAGUGUCACUAAAAUAAUAUAUAGUGGAACCAAAAGAGGGUUCUGUAAGAAUUAGCCAUAGCAGAAUAGAAUUCCAGAAUUUUAAGAACCCAGGUAGAGGCAUUUUUAUUCAAAGACAUCUACUUUUUAUUAUUAAGAAAUGCAUUUUCUAUUAUAAAGUUGCCUUAUGAGAUAAAAAUCAUAACACUUAUAUUUUCCAUUUAGCAUGCCUAACAUCCUACCUUGCUUUCUGUGAGUCUUUCUCCUAAUACUGCACCUCUGCCUUAUUUUAGUUUAGGGUUUCACUAAGUAACUUCUACAUUAAUACAUGAGCAUGAGUUAUGCUAAUAUUUGAGCAGUACAGAGGAUUAAGAGAUCAAGAUAUUUCACUGCCUAUUAGUUACCCUAAUAGGGCUACCUACCUUUUUCUUUCAAAUGCCAGUAAUUUACUUUAGAAACAUAAUCCAGAUAACGUGUGUGUGUGUGUGUGUGUGUGUGUGUGUGUGUGUGUGUGUGUGUAUAGACACAAAAUAGUAAAUGGUUUCUUAAAAUUAUUGCUAUUUUUCAACCCCCUUAAACUGGAGAAAAACAUUCACUUUAAUUAGAUUAUUUUCCCAUCUCUUAGUAGUGGUGGGGAGGAACACAACAGUUUUCAAUCUAUGUCUGCAUAGCUGUUUAGAGCUGCAGAAUUUUAGUUGGAUUUUUAAUUUGAAUGAUCCCUGACAGCUCCAAUCUAGUCAGGUUAAUAAGUAUUUGAGGCAAAAUGGCUUUAAUCUAACAGUUUACUGAGUUUACCUGAAGUUGGCUAAAUAACACUGUAUGUUUAUACUUCUACCUCUACAUAAGUUGAAUGCUGAUAAAAAGAACUAGUAGAGAACUAUGUAUAUGGAUAAUAAGUGUUAUAGAAAAUGCAAAAAUAUUUCUAAAUACUUUUCCAAAUGUUUUCUACUUUAAGUUAGAAAUAUUUUCAAACCUGAGAAUAAACACUAUAAUCUGCACUUCAUAGGCUGGGUGCAGUCUCACACGUGUAAUCCCAGCACUUUGGAAGGCCAAGGCAAGAGAAUUGCUUGAGGCCAGGAGUUCAAGACCAGCCUGGAAAACAAAGUGAGACCCUGUCUCUCCAAAAAAUAAAAUAAAAACAAAAAUUAAAAAAUAUGUAAUCUGCACUUUAUACUAAACUUGCUGUGCUCUUACAGUCAGUUUUUUUUCAGCUCUAGGAAAGGUGUUAAUUUGAUAGAAUCAUUCUAUGAUUAAAUUUUGAAGACUGUUUUCACUCUCCUCUUCUGCCCAUAGCAAGACUGCAUCCGUGGAUUUAUCAGAACUGCAGCCAGGUUUCUGGCUAUUUGGUCAAAUCUGGCAUCCCUCUUACCUGUUAUUCUGCAGCUGCUUUCUGUGUCUUACAUUUUUUGGGUCACUUCUAAUCUUAAAGAGUAAACUCCACCCUUGGUUUGCAUAGUGUGCAUGACAGAAAUAACCAGCAAUAAUAGUAAUGAUGAAAAUGAUGGGGCAAACAUUUGUGGAGUGCUUUCCAUAUUCCAGGUAAUGUGUAACAUAUAAUUUAAUUCUUACAGCAGUCUUACUGAGUGAAGAUACUAUUAUGAUUCCCAUUUUACAGAUGAAAGAAUGGAGGCACAAAGAAGUUACUUGUCUAAGUAACAGUCUAUCCUUAAAGUCCACAGUCUUAACCACUGUAUUUUUCAUAGUGAGGAAAAUAAAAAUAGCCCAGAAAGUUGCAGUUUCAAUUAAUUACUAAUUGUAGGGUAACUUACCUAUACCAGUGACUCCUAUUAGCAGAAAUAUUUGAGAAACAUAAGCCCACUGACUGGAGCUUUUGUCUUAGCAUAGUAGCCUGUUUCCAGCAAGAAAAUAACAUAGAAAAGUUUCCCAGCUUCCAGAGAUUUAUAAUAUUUAUUAAAAUUCAGAUAAACUAUAACCUUGCAUAAAUUACUGUUAUUUUCCUUUUUAUUGAGAGCAUUUUCUUUAGCGCAUUUUCUUCUUUAGAGUAUUAUACCUUGCUCAUCUUGGCACAAAAGAAGACAAAAGGAAGUAACAUGGGAUUGAGAAAAGAGCAAGGAGGCAAAGUUUGAGGAAAAAAAUCACUCUGUUGAUGUCUUUUUGAGUAGGACGAGUUGAGUGUAAGUAGAAAGUGAUGACAGGAGAUUUUAAGGUAUGAUAUAUUGUUAAGAGUAGUACAUAUUUAAGAAGAGAAAAUAUGUUUUUGAAAACCUAAAUUUAAACUUGAAAAGAAAGGAUGAUUUUCAUAUUUUGAAAGGAUUUAUAACUUCUCAAAGCAUCUCCAUUCUAUCUUGUUCAGCUUUACAUUUAAAAAUAAACUCCUGUGGUUCAUAUAAAAUUUACCUCUUACAUAAAGUGAAAUCUGUAAUUGUUUGUUUUAACAAGGAUAAACUACUUAUCUGCGUCUGUUCAAUAAUAGAUUAACUUAUUUUGAGAAGAAAUUCUGGACACCGUUUUUGACUACUGAAGACUUAUUUGUAAUUUAAUAUCUACUUUACAUUGUGAAUGUUCAUUUUCUAAUAAACAAGAUUAUUUUGCAUAUAUA